AUGAAAGGCUCAGGACUGAUUGGCCGACUGCUGCAGGACUUGCACAUGGGAGUCUUUAAUUCUGGAGAGAUGUCGAAAGUUGUUGGGAAGGUUCGCAACGGGAAACCUAUGUUGGUUUGGGAUGAAGUCCUGGAAUACUUCAGUGUGCCUGGAAAUGUGGUGGAAAAUAUGCUAUCAUGGAGUGAAGAUGAUCGCUGGACGCCCAUGGUGAUGUUCAUUGAGCGGUGUCAACUGGAUCGUACCCUGUGGCAAGAUUGGGAUGAGCGAGAUUUAGCUCUCGCCAACUAUUUCCACAUGUUUGUGAAGGCUACUCCUGCGGCGAAAGAUAUCUAG